CAUCCUCCUGUCUCCCAGGUUUGCACCUUGCUGAGGUCAUCUGCAGGUUUUGCGCGCUUCCUAGCUUAGGUUUCGGCUGCUUAAGAGACCAGCCUAAAAGGUCAUUCCAGGCAUUUAACAGGCCAGUUCCGCUCAUCCCAACAAAGCAGCAGUGAUACCCUGAAGAGUGGACAUCUCUGGCAGCGCGACUAGGGUGAGAUUUCUUUGAUUCUACAUUUUGAUUGACAUUUUGUCAUUCAUUCUGUGACAUGAGGGCAUAAAUAGAAAAAAUGAGCGGGGAAAGCAAGAGUGCAAGUAUUUCAGGAAGCCUGGCUCUGGGUGACUCUGGGGAAGGACUCUCUAUUAAAGGGAAUGCAGAUAACACUAUUGCUGCCAAAAGUGACCUAAAAGCAGAGGAGGAUAUUGUCGGAGCCACAAUAAAUCUAAGCAACCUCAACGAAAGUGAUGUGCGGAACAUCCUGGAGACCCUAAAGCCAUAUGAACACAAUAUGAAGGUUCUGACCAAAAAGGACCUGAGUGCUGGUGUUGGGCUUGACUCGUUUGGACUGGGUCUCAAAAACUCCACAGAGGGGCUAUUAAAGUCAGAUCUUUCACUGGAUUCAUCAGCUGACCUGCCAGCAGUUUCCUUCAAUGGCCUUAGUGGAGGGCUAAAUGCUGAACAUGGAGUGGGUGGUAAAAUAACUGGCCCCACUCUCAACGGAGACCUCCCCAAAGUCAGCCUUAAUAAACCUUCGGCCGAUGCUGGUGCUGCAGUCACAAUGCCGUCUAUAGGACUAACAGGAUCAGAUAUAAAAGCAGAUAUAGACGGCUUGCUUAAAACGCCUGAUGUCAGUGUGUCGGCUCCGCAAGUUAAGAUACCAAAUGCAUCCUUGAAAGUUGAUAAACCAGAUUUGAAAUCAGGUGAAUACCAGUCCCCAAAGUUAACAUUGCCAAACUUCAAACUCCCAAAAAUUGAACCAUCAAAAACAGGAAUGGAUGUUUCUGGUGACUUGGAUCUUCCAUCUGUAAGUGGAAAGGUAGACGCACCAAAUCUCAACUUAUCAACUCCAAAGUCAAGUGUUAGUGGAGGGCUAAAUGCUGAACAUGGAGUUGGUGGUAAAAUAACUGGCCCCACUUUCAAUGGAGACCUCCCCAAAGUCAGCCUUAAUAAACCUUCGGCCGAUGCUGGUGCUGCAGUCACAAUGCCGUCUAUAGGACUAACAGGAUCAGAUAUAAAAGCAGAUAUAGACGGCUUGCUUGAAACGCCUGAUGUUGGUGUGUCUGCUCCAAAAGUCAAGAUACCAAAUGCAUCCUUGAAAGUUGGUAAACCAAAUUUGAAAUCAGGUAAAAACCAGUCCCCAAAGUUCAAAAUGCCAAACUUCCAAUUGCCAAAAAUUGAACCACCAGAAACAGAAAUGGAUGUCUCUGGUGACUUAGAUCUUCCAUCUGUGAGUGGAAAGGUAGACGCACCAAAUCUCAAUUUAUCGACUCCAAAGUCACAUUUUAAUAAGCCAAAUUUGGAAUUCAAUGAGCCAAAUGUAAAUUUGAAUGAGCCUGAUCUAAAAUUUGAAGCCCCCAAUGCUGAUAUUGAGGGACCUUCAGGCAAAAUCAAAUGGCCACAUUUAAAAUGGAAAAGUCCCAAAGUUAGAGGACCAGAUACUGACCUAGAUGCUGAAAUCUCAGUACCUGAUGCCAAUGUGCCCAUGGCAAAAGUUGAUGGGGACUUAGAUGUUGACAUUGACUUUCCCAAAGCACACAUUAAAGGCCCUGAGGUAGAUGUUGAUUCCCCAUCUGGUAAAAUCAACUGGCCCCACCUAAAGUGGAAGAAACCAAGAUUUCAUGGCUCAAAGGAUAGUUUGGAUAUAGAUGCAAGUAUUGAUCCUGCAGAUGCUAACCUUUCUCUUCCAAAGGUGAAGGGGGAGUUUGAUCCCCCAGAUGUUGAUAUAAACCUACCAAAGGCAGAUAUUAAAGGCCCAGACCUUGAUGUGCAAACCCCAGAACUUGACAUAGAAUCUACAGCUGGUAAAAUCAACUGGCCUCAUCAGAAAUGGAAGAAACCAAGAUUUCAUGGCUCAAAGGAUAGUUUGGAUAUAGAUGCAAGUAUUGAUCCUGCAGAUGCUAACCUUUCUCUUCCAAAGGUGAAGGGGGAGUUUGAUCCUCCAGAUGUUGAUAUAAACUUGCCAAAUGCGGAUAUUAAAGGCCCAGACCUUGAUGUAGAAUCUACAGCUGGUAAAAUCAACUGGCCUCAUCAGAAAUGGAAGAAACCAAGAUUUCAUGGCUCAAAGGAUAGUUUGGAUAUAGAUGCAAGUAUUGAUCCUGCAGAUGCUAACCUUUCUCUUCCAAAGGUGAAGGGGGAGUUUGAUCCUCCAGAUGUUGAUAUAAACUUGCCAAAUGCGGAUAUUAAAGGCCCAGACCUUGAUGUAGAAUCUACAGCUGGUAAAAUCAACUGGCCUCAUCAGAAAUGGAAGAAACCUAAAGUUCCAGGCUUGGCAGUAGAUGGAGAUCUAAACACACCAGAUGCAAAUCUUGCAUCUCCAAAAAUUGAGGGUGAUAUUAAUGUUCCCAAAGCUGAACUGAAUCUCCCCAAAGCUGACCUCACAGCUCCAGAUGUUGAUGCUCACUCAGGAAAAAUCAACUGGCCUCAUCUGAAAUGGAAAAAACCUAAAGUUCAUGGCCCAAAAGCCGAAGUGGACGCAGGUUGGAAUACACCAGAUGUUAAUCUGUCAACUCCAAAGAUCGAUGGUAAAAUUAACUCACCAGACGUUGAUCUGAAUUUACCGAAAGCUGAUGUUGACAUUGGGAAACCAGAGAUGGACAUUAAUCCUCCAUCUGGAAAGAUCAAAUUUCCCACCUUUAAGAAGCCAAAGGGGUCACUCUCUCGACCGAAGGUAAACGGUCCUGAUGCUGACUUAGAUGUUGAUCUCUCUAGUCCUGAUUUUGAUCUCUCAGCUCCCAAGAUCGAUGGUAAAAUUAACUCACCAGAUGUUGAUCUGAAUUUACCUAAAGCUGAUGUUGACAUUAAGAAACCAAAGAUGGACAUUAAUCCUCCAUCUGGAAAGAUCAAAUUUCCCACCUUUAAGAAGCCAAAGGGGUCACUCUCUCAACCGAAGGUAAAAGGUCCUGAUGUUGAUUUAGAUGUUGAUCUCUCUAGUCCUGAUUUUGAUCUCUCAGCUCCCAAGAUCGAUGGUAAAAUUAACUCACCAGAUGUCGAUCUGAAUUUACCUAAAGCUGAUGUUGACAUUAAGAAACCAAAAUUGGACAUUAAUCCUCCAUCUGGAAAGAUCAAAUUUCCCACCUUUAAGAAGCCAAAGGGGUCACUCUCUCAACCAAAAGUAAACGGUCCUGAUGUUGAUUUAGAUGUUGAUCUCUCUAGUCCUGAUUUUGAUCUCUCAGCUCCCAAGAUCGAUGGUAAAAUUAACUCACCAGAUGUUGAUCUGAAUUUACCUAAAGCUGAUGUUGACAUUAAGAAACCAAAGAUGGACAUUAAUCCUCCAUCUGGAAAGAUCAAAUUUCCCACCUUUAAGAAGCCAAAGGGGUCACUCUCUCAACCAAAAGUAAACGGUCCUGAUGUUGAUUUAGAUGUUGAUCUCUCUAGUCCUGAUUUUGAUCUCUCAGCUCCCAAGAUCGAUGGUAAAAUUAACUCACCAGAUGUUGAUCUGAAUUUACCUAAAGCUGAUGUUGACAUUAAGAAACCAAAGAUGGACAUUAAUCCUCCAUCUGGAAAGAUCAAAUUUCCCACUUUUAAGAAGCCAAAGGGGUCACUCUCUCAACCGAAGGUAAACGGUCCUGAUGUUGAUUUAGAUGUUGAUCUCUCUAGUCCUGAUUUUGAUCUCUCAGCUCCCAAGAUCGAUGGUAAAAUUAACUCACCAGAUGUUGAUCUGAAUUUACCUAAAGCUGAUGUUGACAUUAAGAAACCAAAGAUGGACAUUAAUCCUCCAUCUGGAAAGAUCAGAUUUCCCACCUUUAAGAAGCCAAAGGGGUCACUCUCUCAACCGAAGGUAAACGGUCCUGAUGUUGAUUUAGAUGUUGAUUUCUCUAGUCCUGAUUUUGAUCUCUCAGCUCCCAAGAUCGAUGGUAAAAUUAACUCACCAGAUGUUGAUCUGAAUUUACCUAAAGCUGAUGUUGACAUUAAGAAACCAAAGAUGGACAUUAAUCCUCCAUCUGGAAAGAUCAAAUUUCCCACCUUUAAAAAGCCAAAGGUAAACGGUCCUGAUCUUGAUCUCUCUGGUCCUGAUCUUGAUCUCUCUGGUCCUGAUCUUGAUCUCUCAGCUCCCAAGAUUGAAGGUGAAAUACACACACCAGACCUGCAUCUAAAGGCACCCAAAACACAACUGCAAAGCCAAAAGUUAGAUCUCAAUGCCAAGUUGCCAAACACUGAACUGGAAGCACCCGAUGUCACAAUAAAAUCUCCAAAUUUGGAUACCAACCAACCAAAAUUAGCCCUUAAAGCACCUGAUGGACAGAUAAAAACACCAGAUCUAGAAUUAGAUCCAGUUCUUGGAGACUUCAAAAUGCCUCAUUUCAAGGUGCCAGCACUUGAUCUUUCAAGUCCAAAUGCAGGAAUUGAGGCACCCAAAGUUAACUUGAACAAUCCUACAGCUGAUGCCAGCAUUUCUGUUCCUGCAGUGGAACUGAAUGGACCAAAGGUGGAAGGACCCAAAGUUGACAUUAACGCUCCAGAUGUAGCUGCCAAUGUUGAGAAGUCCAGAUUCCCACAUUUCAAACUGCCAAAGUUCAGCUUUUUAGGACCUAAGCUGAAAACUGAAGAGGUCAAUGCCAGUGGAAGUGAUGGUGAUGAUAACAAUGAUGAUGAUGAUGCUUCAAAUAUUGAAACUGAUGUUCCUAUCUUUAGAUUACAUUCACUACCCAAAUCAACCUUUGAUGGCUUUGGUGAUGUUUUUAAUGCAUUUGGCUUAUCAAAAUGUGACGAUGAAGAACAGGACUUUGUUGUAAGAAAAGGAAUAAAACUACCAGUAAGUAAUACAGCAACAGCAGCGGGCAAGAUUGAUAUUAUGCAGAUACUGAAGUUGUCAAAGGAAAAACCCUCCAGUGUCUCAGAAAUGGAAGAUGCUAAUCUGAGACUUGCUGCUCCUAGUUUAGAUGUCAGUGCCUCUGCAGAAGCAGAAGAUUCCUCUCUAGGUACUUUAAAAAUAGAAAAGCCUGGGUCUGUAGAGGGUUCAGCAGAUGAAAAUCAGAGACUAUCCCAGGGUCUUGCCAAUAUGCUUUGUCUUGGCUCUGAUGAUCCAGAUACUGUCUGACUCUUAAAAACUAGGACUCAAAGCUGAAGUGCUGUGUGUGUGUAUAUACUUGUACUUAAAUCAAUUCAAAUCUGUUUGUACUACAGUAAUAGAAUCUAGAUUUUGUUUAAUGAGCUAUGUUGAUAUACCUGUUAUUUAUGCAAGCUUUUUUCUAAACUUUUUCGUUUGAAUACAUUUUUCCUAGUAUAGUGCAUGUUAUCAAAGUGCACAACACUUUGAGUACUGCUUUACCAUUUAACAUUUUAAGAUCAAUUUGUGAAUGUAAUUGUUGUUGCUUAAUAAAUCACUGAAACAUC